GGGCUGGUUUGGCAAAGAUUUCCAUUCUAAUCACCAUGUGUGAUUUGAUCUCCUGGUUGAGCCACAUCAUUAUUUAAACUCUCUGAAUAAUAAUGUAAAGUUGCAGUUUGUCGCUGUGUCUGGGCACUUUCUUAAAAAGUCCUUCGCACUAUCAACAACUUUUCGCUGAUGAGACAAUAGCAGAUAGUUCCAUUUAAUUCGGGCGGAACCAGUCAGCCGCGGAACGGUGGGUGUCAGGAAACUCUCAGAGAAGCACGGCGGGGGCACUAAGACGACACGUGUUUUAUAACAGCCGUUUCCACACUUAACAGAACGGUGCGUGUAUAUUCAACUAAAAACAAAAGCCACGUGUAGUAUCGGAGUGAUAAGAGCAGAAAUCCCCUCUGUCACCACCCCCGCGGGACGGAAUGGACUCGACCUACUCAAUCAUGCACUUCAGCAGACACUGCAAAGAGCAUGCUUUCACCUUUAGGAUUGUCUGAGCCUCUUCAGCCUGGAAUAUCUGGGUCUGGAUCGAGCAGGUGGAUGAUAUACAUGCAGGCUGCACUACAGAGAGCUCCCUGUUACAUGACCUGAAAGCUGCUGAUACACAAAAAAAACAGAGGAUGAAGGAGAGACGCCAGUGACAUGAAUAAUAGAAGUUUGGUGAAUUCGCUGCGCUGACACAGAAACCUCUCAAAACUUCCUGCCACUGACAUAAUGAUGACCUGAAACCGAGGGAGAACUUUCACUUAAUUCUGAGAAAGAGAAUCUCAGGUUUCCAUUUUGUUCUAGGCCUCUGUUAACCUGAAAAUGGGUUCGACAUCUUUGUAAAUGUUCAAUGACAGUGCUCGUUGAAGAUGGAUUGAUGGUGUGGCACUGGAGAGAGUGCUGAAUGAGCUGCUGCGUUAGCGGUUGGAUUUCUGGAUGACUGAAGGCAGAUAGCAUUAUAGCUGUUCAACCAGGGCGCUCUAGACACCCCUGGAUGUCCACCUGCAGAUAGCAGAGUUUUCAAGUUCUUUUCAGCUCGUUAGAGGCAAGAAAGAUAUAGCAGAUUAGUACCAUGAAUACUAGAGACGAUAUGGAGUUGAUGGAGACCCAGGCUGGAGGUCAAAAGGAAAAGCUCUUGAUAGACAAGGUUAAUCCUGCGAAUGAGAUUGAGGGUGAGGAUGACAAAAUCCCUGGGAGUUUCGACUGCACUGUCUGCGGACGCAGCUUCCCCUUCCUCAGCUCUUUGUCGCAGCAUAUGAGACGCCACACUGGUGCACGUCCUUACAAAUGCCCCUACUGUGACCACAGGGCCUCUCAGAAAGGCAACCUCAAAGUGCACAUUCGCAGUCAUAAACUGGGCACGCUCUCUAGCCAUCACUCCAACGAGGAUGAAGAAGGUGGGGCUGAGGAGGAGGAGAUGAGUGUUUCUGAGGGUCUCGAUGGAGGUACGAGUCCAACUAAAAGUAGCUCUGCCUGCAACCGGAUGAUCAAUGGGGAUAGUGUUGACGAGAGCCGGAGGAAAGGGCCUGCAAGGAGCAUGAAAAGAGAGAAGUCUGUUACUGACCAGCGGCCUUACUGUUGCCGUCUCUGUGGCUAUGAGGCCCAGCGAGAAGAUCAGCUCCUCAGCCACAUUGAAAAGGUCCACAUUACUGCAGACGCAGAAGAAGAGACGGCUGUUAAGGAAGAGGCUGUGACUGAACCUGAUGCCAACCCAGCCCAGGCUGAUGGGUCCUUCCCCUGUGAGACCUGUGGCCAAAUCUUCAGCCAAGCCUGGUUUCUGAAGUCGCACAUGAAGAAACACGCAGGGGUCCUGGACCACUGCUGUCGUAUUUGUGGACGACGGUUCCGCGAAGCUUGGUUUCUCAAAUCUCACAUGAAAACACACAACACCAAAUCUAGGUCACGGUCAAAAGCAGAAUCAGCUGAGCAUCCGGCCACCAUCAACGAUGUAGCCCAGGACCCUGAUAUUGUUUCUGGCGCUGUAACAUCUACCUAUCAAAUGUGCUCUAAAUGUGGGAACCUGUUUCACACCAAAGAGAGCCUAAGAGUCCAUGAAAAGGUUCAUGGUGUCAGCUAUGGCAAGAAAUCCCAGAGCCAAUGCAGAGCCAGUGAUGAUGAGGACUCACCAGCUGCUAAGAGACGUUUUCUUGACUAUUUAAACAUCCGACCUGUUGAGGAAAAGACCCUGGACAAUGACAGUGAAGGGGAGACAAUUGUGGGGCAAAGAAUUCUUGAGCUAGAUCCAGUUUGCAGCUACCAGGCCUGGCAAUUAGCCACUAAAGGAAGAGUUGUGGAGCCAGUGGAGCAUAGUUUCAAGGCCUCCUAUGGGGGAGGAGGUAUGGGGGAGGACGCCCUUGCUGGAGCCGCUGUGGUCUUUGAGAAGGCGAGCAGUCGUUAUGUCCUUCAAGGUCAACAGAAGCGCAGCGCAGGCAGACGCAGUAGCUCUGGGUUGGGAAGUCAUGGCUCUUCAGGGGACCGGACGCCAGAGAACCUCAGCGAUUCCGAGUACCGACCAUCGUCUCGCCAUGACCGACGACGGUCAUCCCAGUCGCAGUCGUCCUCCAAGUACAACGAGUGCUUUGAGUGCGGGAAGGUGUUUCGCAGUCGUCACCAGAUGAUCGUCCACCAGCGGGUCCACAGGAAAGACGGACGCAGGGCGUCUGCAGGGGACAAGGAAAGAACUGCAAGGGACGACCGAUGGGGCUCCACCAGUGAUCCAGAGUCAGGCUCCCCCAGUCGGCCCUGCACCCCAGGGUACGGAGACUCUCCACCGGCCUCUACCCUGGGAGAUCAGGCCUCAGAGAUGGGUAGUGCAAACUCUGGAGGGCUUUCAGAUGAGAAGCCUUACAUCUGCAGCCUGUGUGACUUUGUUACCUCCGAGUCGCAGGCUUAUCUGACUCAUGUUCGUGUCAAACACCCCCCCGCCCCCGAAGACAGACCCAGCUCCAGCCCCAGCCCCAGCCCCAGCCCCAGCUCUAGCUCGGACAGAGGCACACCCAGUAGUUAUCCCAAACUGAAGAAAGCUCUUCUCCAGGGGCUGAAAAGCUCAGCAUCCCCUUCGGCUUACCUCGGUGCUCGAUCGUCCCCGCUGGACCCCAGCAUGACCCCUGUGGAUCUGUGUGUGAGGGUUGAUGGCACGAGGGGGAUAGCCUCCCUCACCUUGGACAGGAAGAGCCUCCCUAGCCACAAGUGCUCCUUCUGCUCCCACUCCACCCGCUAUCCCGAGGUGCUCUGGAUGCACCAGACUGUGGCUCACCGCAUCAACAGCAGUAGCUCCAAUCUGGCUCCUAAAUGGGCCUUUAAGAACAACUCAAAGGGCUCCCGGGACAGUUCGUUAUCCUCCAGGAGGCGCACCGGUCCCCCACCAGUCCUGGAGGGAAAAGAGUGUCCACCACUGCCUCCACUGAUCCGCAACCAGCGCACCCAGCCCCCAACCGACGCCAGUGAAGUGCAGAAGAAGAACAAGCCGACAAGUCACGCAGCCACGCCAUCAUCAUCAUCAUCAUCAUCAUCAUUAUCAACAUCACCAUCAUCAUCUUCCUGUACCCCCUCCACGUCAUUCUCCAGGGGUUCCUCCUCCUCCUCGGGCACCCAUGCGGGGAGAGUCCCUGUACAGCCAGGCGUCAGCGCCAACAGCAGCAUCAGGCACACUGAGGACCAGAGUUAUCCGUCUCGCUUCAGACCCAAAGUGGAUAUUUACCCAAGGGGCAGUUCGCUGUCAUCCUCAGGCUCCACAGAGAAGAGCAGUGGCGCCCUCUCACAUUCCUCAGCACCGAGCCCCAGCUCCGCCACAGUUUCCAGGAUGGCCGACCGCUACUUAAUGCCUCAAGAGGGCCUCGGUUUCAUGCUGUCCAGCAAACAUGGCCUUGCUGAGUACAGCCGGGCCAGGGGCUCCCCUCAUCAGCCGCAUCCCAACUCCAAGAGCCAGGGCCGGGCUAACGCCACAAGGCCCAGCGCCAUCACCCAUAGCUCCGCAGCGGGAGACAACUAUGGAGCCCCCCAGGCACGCAGAGGCACUCUGCAUAAUUCCGCCUCCUCCUCUACUUCUACUUCAUUGCCUUUGGAGUCUCGUGCAGAUGCGAAGCAGGAGCCAAUCGCUGAGACGGAGAUGCCAAAUGACGUCCUCAGCUUCCUCAAAAACUACAGCCCCCACGAUCUGGCCACUUUAUACCACCGCUGGGGUGCAGCCAACGCCAUGUUGGAUCCCACUGGGAUGCUGAGGUCUCUCAUGCGACAGGGGCAGUAUAUCUGUCACGAGUGCGGGAAGAGCUUCAGUCAGCCGAGCCACCUGCGCACACACAUGAGAUCCCAUACAGGGGAGAGGCCAUUCUGCUGCCAGCUCUGCCCAUACCGAGCAUCUCAGAAAGGGAACCUAAAGACGCACGUCCAGAGUGUCCACCAUAUGCCUUUCGACAACAGCCUGUACCCAGACACACGGAGCUUGCCACUGAGCCAGGAGGAGCAAGGAGCACUGGCUGCCAAACACACACCAACCACACAACAACAACAAUAACAAUCUCCUCUGGAUGUACUAUGAUCUGGUUUUGGGGGCCAGACUAGUCAGGGAAUCAAACAACUCCAAAACACAGCCACCACUCAUAGAAAUCUGCAAAUGGGACCCGAGACAAAUGAUUUACUUUUUGAGCCUCUCCUCUCCGCUGAGUAUCCUGCGAGAAGAAAUGUAUAAAAUUAAGGUUCUUGUAAUUUUUUUUGAAGUACUUUUGUUUUUGUUAAGAAGUUAGUUAAAGCUGUGCUAGGCAGUUGUAAAAGCAGAAAAUAUAGGGCCACAGAAGAAGGAAAUAAUAGAUGGAAAGGAAAGGUGGAUUCGCCAACGUUUGCUCUUUUUAAAUGUGAAGUUUGGCAAAAUAAGGAAAGUUGUGUUAAGUUUACAUCAACGUAAAAGGACGAUGGAACACAGGGGUCCUACGAACUGAAAUUCUUACCUCCCGCUGCCAUUUUGGAGGCACCACCACCUGCUUAGCGCAUCUCGACAAAAGGCAAAAAAAAGAUUUUAGUAGAGGACUGUGGCAUUGCAUGGCUUUUUUGUUUGCGUUAUUGUAUGAGUUUGUGCGUUCCUCAGGACACCAAUCAUCCAGGAAAUGACACGAGAGAGGAGAGGAUGCUCUGCCCUUCAUCAACAGUCAACUGACACAUUGCAAGCUCGUCUCAUCUUGGCUCUAAGUCAUGAAGAUGGCGACUUCUAUGUGUGUGUGGUUGUGUGUGUGUGUGUCUGCGUGUUCAACUCACUUCCUUCCACUCCAGAGUGCAGCGACCACUCGGAGGCUGCACAGCUGAUGAUUAGGGAGAGAGCGAGACUGAGUUGGAGAGAGGUAGGAGUACAGAGAGAGAGAGGGAGAGGGAGAGGGAGAGAGAGAGAACGCUAAUGGGGGUGUCUGCUUUAGUGCUCAUUAAAAAGAGUGUGCGUUUUUAAUAGCCAAUAUAAAUGAGCGUACCACUUUUAUGGUCAUUCAAUUAUUGUCCAUUUAAGGGGAAAGAACUGAGUGGAGGCAGUUUUCCUCCAUAACUCCAUCACGUCGGGGAGUGACUUUGAAUUAGACUCCACAACAGAGGGAGUGGCAGGAACUCGUAAGUGGAUCGGACAGAUCAAGCCUCAGCUUAUGUCCCUGUACAUGCAAAGGACAACAUGGUACUGCUAGUGUUGGAAAAACUGCUUUUAUUGCUUUUUAAAAUUUGUUCUUUUUCAUUUUCAAAUAAUUGUGAAAGAUUGCAGCUUCAUUUGCUUAAUUUGGAAAGUUAGAAAUACAAAUACAAUUCAAAAUAAAACUUGAGUAGCUGAGUUCUCUGGAUCAAUGUGCAUUAUUCCUAAACUGUCCAUCUAUUACUUUAAAACAGGCAAAUUAAACAAAAACAGACAUAUCAUGCAACAUGUACUUUUGACAUAACAAAUGAUUUUGUCAAUAAAACAUUUAGGACAGACCCCGAAUCUUACGCUUUGUCCAUACUAAUGCAGAUAUUUUUGCUAUAAAAAAUCUUCCCUGGUAUUUGACAGGUUGUUGACAUAGACUUUUUUUGCCACUGACCUGGCAUGCUUGUUGGAGUGUAGUCAUUUUUGUGUUCACGUCUGGAAGGAGAUAUUUUGUAAAACAAGGUUCAAUAUGUAUUGGACAAAUAUCUGCAAAAAAUAUCUGCAGUAGUGUAUGCAAGGCCUACAUUUCUUGAGUUGAGAUGAGAAGAUUAGCAUUUUAGAAAGACAGAAAGGAAAAGGUAAUAAAGAGAAAGAGAGAAAAGAGAGAGAGAGAGAGAGAGAGAGAGAGAGAGAAAAGAGAGAGAGAGAGCAGCCAGAGGUCAGGAGGUCAGGAUUCCAGAGAGAUCAGGGAUAAAUACACAAGUUGGACACAUUCUGAGGCCUAUUAAACUGUAGCGCCGUCACAGCCUUAACACAGAUGUGUGUGUGUGUGUGAGAGUAUGUGUAGGUGCAUUCUUUUCAAACCUCUCCAUACUGUGUAAGAGGUUCACUCGCUCCUAUGUACUCCAGCCUCCCUCUAGAUAGAAGCUUUAGUGCAGCAGCCUACCUCCUCUGCGUUGAAAGCCUGUUUUAAGUUUUUGUCGGCUGGUUAUAAAGGUAUAGAACUGCUCUUUGCGAGGAUGAAAUGUUCUUUUCUUUGGUGUCCCGUGCUUUGUUUCCCUCCCCUCAGCGGUCUGCAGAGAUUGAACAAGCCAUGCCUUGACACACUGGGGGAAAAGAAGAAGUAGAAGAAGAAAAAGCAAAGGUAGCUCAAAGUAGCUUCGACUCGAAAAAGCAAGAAUAGAACUGUCGAUUUUGUGGAGACCUUUUUUUUCUGUACACGUUAAAAAAAUCAAAAUUUACACCAGUUGAAGUCUACAGAGCGAACAGAGUACUGUACAUCCCAUCUAUUUUGAGACCUCAGACGUUUUUACAGGAUGAUAGCAUGGUAUGCUAUACCAGAGGGUUGUUAAGAUAAGCAUACAAUAUCGUGUGCUUGAUUAUGUAUAACAAUACACAUACAGUGUGUUUAUUGAAGGUGUGGGUAGUGAAAAUACUUGAAAUGGAUACUCUAACCUUUGUGGUAGUGUACUACUAAUACCAAUGUACAGAAUUCCCUUUAAGAUUAACUCCUCAGUUAUGAAUUUGUACUCCGAAGUGUGACUUAGAAAAACUAUGAAGUGGGAGUCAGUGUAUGUAAUAUAAGCUGUAUAUCUGUAAUCCACUUUUACCAAACCCUUUAUAUACAGCAGUAGAAACCAAAUGGCAUUACUAGUGCACUUAGACUAGGUUACUGCUUUAACUGUUCUCAUUUUGUCCAGUUCUAGCCACAAGGUUUCUUUGAGAAUGUCUCUUUAAUUGUGCCGGCUAACACACUGCAACGUCACUUCUGUUCUAGGGGCUUUAGGACGAUUCCCGUUGGUUUUUAGCGGCGAAUGAUUUGUUCGGUGACAGCGGUGCGGCACAGCUUUUUAGCUAAGUCUCCUCAUGGGAAGUAAGAUAAUGCUAGGUGCAUCAGGCAGUGCUUAUUUUUUUCAGAAAGAUGUAAGAGUGUGUUUUUAGUCUUUCUCUUUGCUAAACUGUAGGAUUUGUUCAGUAGCUAGUCAUGGCUGCCCUCCCAGGCACUGGCAGGUGUUGUUCUUUUUCUUUUUGGUCAGUUGUUUUUUUGUCAUGCCUCUUAAGUUGUUUUAUUUGUGUCCUUGUUGCUUUUUUUAUUUGUGAUGAACUUCAUGAGUAAUUUACCUUAGAAGACAUUAUUAUUAUUCCAAAUGUAAUCGGUUGACAUCUGUAUUUAUUAUCACUUCAAAAAGGAUAAGAGGACAGGGGUAGACAGGAGUGUUUGUUUUCAUUUGAUUUGUCUGGGGUUUUAUUUUUGUUGUUGUUUUAUAACGUGUUGUUUUCAAGCCAGCAAGCCGAUGUGAAAGCUCUACCUCGUCUGAGCCAUUCUCAGUUCUGUUACACUUUUGUACAUCAUUUCAAAAAGAUGUAAUGUCAUGUCCACAAUAAAGACACGGAAAAUGCCA